AUGGGGAUCACCGAUUUCUUCUCCGACCUUCUGAGCUCCGUCUCCUUCGUACAGGAGGUCCAAGCCGAAGCUCCCGCCGACGACAACGAAGAGUCAAGUGACAGCAGCGAGGAGGGUAACGACGAAGAGGGUGGUGAGGAUAAACAAGAAGGCGAAGAGGAGGGGGGUGCAGACGGAGAGGAAGAGGGCGAAGAAGAGGAGGAGGAAGAGGAAGAGGAAGAGGAGGAGGAGCCUGUAGAUCCAAAGCCAAGACUGGAAGAAGAAUGCGCCCGAUCCGCCCAGUGCCAGGGCUACAAGCACCACUUUGACGAAUGCGUCGAGCGUGUCACUCAACAGGAGGAGGAUCCCGACCACAAGGGUCCCAAGGAAAACUGUGUCGAAGAGUGUACGUAUCGCAACCGUCUCUACCAGAGCACCUACCUGCGGCGUGGCAAGAGGACACCAAAGCUGACCACUGCGAAAAACAGUUUUCCACCUCCAACACUGCGCAACACAGUGCGCCGCGCCCAAACUCUUCAAGCAGCUGAAAUAGAUCACCUUCACGCCGACAGCUCAUCGAGAUCGAUAAAAAUUUGCAUUGAACAAAGAGACUUGCAAGCAAAAGAGAAGAUCUCACAACAAGCCAUAUGUACUCCCCCAAAUGAACGGCCUGACGUGGACCAAUAA